GACGUCUGCCAGCCGGAAGCUGCUGAAAACUUGAAUCACUUCCUUCCGGCUCAUUUGGUCCUGGGUUGAUAACCCCGUGUUGUUACUGGUUCUGGUGCAGCAGCCAUGGCAGAGGCUGGAGCCCACCUCACCUCCACAGCUAUCACGGAGCAGCCUUCCGUGUUUGAAGUUCUGGCUCAGGAGUCCCUAAUGGAGGCGAUCCGACCGGCGCUCAGGCACACCGUCAAGGUUCUCGCUGAGUCCAACCCAUCUCGCUACAGCUUCCUGUGGAGACGUUUUGAUGAGCUCUACCUGCUGCUGGACCUCCUCCUCCAGAACCAUUUCCUGUUCCACUGCAGCGCCUCGUUCUCAGAGAACUUUUACGGCCUGAAGAGAGUUUCAGGCGUGCUGGGACUUCCUGUUAACUGGAGUCUGCACAGGAAGUCCCACUGGCACUCUCUUCUUCUCCUCUGCCUGGUUCCAUACCUGCAGAUCAAGCUGGAGGCGACGCUGGCCCGACAGAGGGACGAGGAGGACUUCUCCAUCAGGUUGGCUCAGACCUGGAGGCAGAGGCUGCAUGGCACGGCUGUGGCAGCAUACCCAUAUGCCAGCUUGGCGUGGUGGGCCUGGAUCUUGUGCCAGCAGCUGCUGUUUGUGUUUGGGCUCUCUGGGAGCCACAGCCCCCUGCUGUGGCUGCUUAACAUCAGGCUGGCUCGACUCAACGCUCAGGACCUCAGAGACAUGGAGCAGAGAGCCAGAACCACCACCGAUCCGGCUGGCAGCAGCCUGCUGCAGAGGACCUGGUGGCUGUUGUCCCAAGCAGCGAGGGGGACAGCAGUGUCCCUAUCCACCUCUCUGUCUCUGGUUGUCUUCUUCUUGCAGUUUCUGGACUGGUGGUACUCCACAGAGAACCAGAGCACGAUGAAAACCCUCACCUCCCUGCCUGCUCCUCCUCCCCCCCUCCACCUCCAGGAGCUUCAGCAGGGUGCUGGCUGCAGGACAUGUCCUCUGUGCCGUAAGUCGUGGACAAACACCACGGUGCUGUCCACGUCCGGCUUCGUCUUCUGUUAUCGCUGCGUCUACAUGUACGUGAAAGCCAACCGCCGCUGCCCACUCACCAGGUUUCCCUCCGAACUGCAUCAUCUGAUCAAGAUCUACACCCCGGAGACUUAAGAGAUAGUGUAGAGGCAGGGCAGCCGGCUUGGGACCCGAAAGUCCCAGGCUCGAUCCC